AUGGAUGACUAUGAACACAGUGUGCACGUCUCCGAGGGUGACUGGGACUCCUUCUUCCAGGAGUGCGAGGAGUGUGACCUCCACCCCCCCGCGCUGGCUGGAUUGGACUCUAGCAUUAGUGACUACAGCUUGAGUGACGUUGAUGAUGCGGGAGGGUCCACUUUCUUAGACAAGGGUCUGCGAGUUGACCUCAAGUCAGAUGCUUGGGAGGCUGUCUGCCCCAUGGACGGCCCCCGGGAUUCCGAGGGUUCUCCCGUGGAGCAUUACCUCAACAAGUACAGUGUCGGUAGCUUGGAGAAUGUCUUGUCGUGCAGCGAGGAUGAGGAUGUGCACCUGGAGUCUAUCAAUAGGUUCUUUGAGAGGCUUAAAAGUCUCCCAGAGGCAGAACAGUUUAUUGAGCACAGCCAAGCAACAGUGGGGAAAAGCAGCAAGGUGGGGCAGGGGGAGGUGUGUGGUGAUGGGCCACGAGCCAAUGACGACGCUUUGCCAAUAAACAACCCAGAGUUCAACUCCCUGUCUGCCAGCAGUGAGGCAGCAACUGGCAUGGAAACCACAGAGCCAGAUAAUGCCAACACAACAGAUAGGCCUGACUCCAAGGUGGCUCCUGAGCUCCCAGUCAAUGAUGCCUCUGAGGGCAAGACAGACAAAUACACCAAUCCCAAUGUAGAGUUGGCCAUCAGAGAGAAGGAUUGGAUAUUCAAUGGUGAAGAAGCAAAACUUUCUGUAGGCAAAGCAACAAUGGAAAUGUCUGAACAUGACAGUCAGGAUACAUCUCAAGAUACUCCAGAACUCAAAGUUGAGAUAGAGGUCAAAACAGAGGACACUGUUAGCACAGCCAAAACAGCAGAGUGCGAGGGGAUUGAAAAAGCACCCGACGAAACACGUCCUGUGUAUGCCAUCUCCACUUUUUGGAAUGAGAUGGAGAAGCUGACCAUUAAUGACAUUUUGCGACUACGUAUGGUCAGCAAUGCCCACCAGUCCAGUGUUCUCCCCCAGCCACCAGAGGCUGAGGCAGCCGACAGCUCUGAUGCCGCAGACUCAGGCUACUUCACUCACUUGGACGACUCCAAACCUCACCGCUCCAGUGGCGACAUUUCCACCAUUUCUGAUUUUGACAAAAAAUUCUCACAAAAUACAAAUGCUGAUAAUCCAAGCACUGAUCCAAUCACGAGAAAUGAAUCAUCCAACUCUAUUGGUAUCUUAUGGGAAAGCGAGCCAGACUCAGUUAGCGUUGGGGAUGGUAUAUACACAGAAAAUGUUGCAAUGCUAAGUUCCGCAAGUUACAUCCCCCGACCAAUCUUUUCAGGCAGUGCCCCACAGUACGUAAGAAAAAUUAGCAAAAACGUCAGCGUGCAGAACCUACUAGCUCUGGAAGUUGAACCACUUUGCCAGGUGUUGAAAGGUCAGGCCUUACCAGCUGUCAUAUCAGAGGAAAGAGAACCAGAAAUGGAGUCCUGCAGUGAUGGACAUUUAGUGAGGCAGCACAGUAGCAUGAAUUCUUUACCUUCAGCAUCUUUUUCAGAGGAUGUGUCAAAAGAAAGCAAUCAGAUCUCUUUCUCUGAGAUCAUCCAGUACGUCUUUGGAGGAAAUAAAUCGGAGGCCAGUCCAUCGGAAACAAACAACAUGGCCGCCUACUAUGUCAACAGUGAUUCAGUCCCUGAUUAUGAGCAUUUCUACUCCGAGUUUGAUGCAGGAAGCUUCUUCUACCCUGUCAGGGAGGCAUCAAUCCUCAACAAGGAUGAGCUGUUGCCCAUCUUUUCCUGCGGACAUUCUGCCAACAAGAAUCUUCAGUUCCCGGAGGCCUACGAUCAUUUCUUCUCCAGUGACUCGUCUGCAGACUCGGAUGAGGAAGAUAACCAAGUCAGAAGUCCGAUCCGGGUGAUCACGCGGUUGAACCAUAAGCCAAAUGAGACCCAAGGUGUAAUAGUGGCUCCGGACAUAUAUGAGGACUUUUUCACAGACGAGGGUCUAAGUGAGAACUUCUUCUGGAAAAACUAUUUCUCCCUACGGAAGGUCCGCCUCACUGGCUCCACCAGCCAAAGUCCGAGAUCUGACUCCUGGUCGCUGGUUCCUGUGGAUGAGAUCAAGAGUUCAUUCUGCAGAAGCAUUAGACCCAUCCACACGCUGGGCAUCCAAGACCAGCCUUUUCCUGAUCAACUGCUGUACAACCUAGAAGGCAGGAUCUUCAGACAGCUGGCCGAACAGAAGAGGAGAUAUCCGGAUCGGCAGAUGGCUGUUGCUAAUCCCAGAUUAGAUGCCUCCCUUGUACCUCUCAGACAGUCAGACAUGUGUUUAGUCUGCAUCGCAUUCGCCUCCUGGGUGUUGAAGUCCGCUAACCCACAAGCUGGAGAUGCCUGGAAGGCCGGUAUGUACAUUCUAUAG